GUUGCAGCAGGCCAAGACCGCAAAGCGGUUGUAGCGUCUGAUAAGUAAGUAAGUAAGUUAUCUCAUGUUUGGAGUUUAUAGCAGCAAACAAUUCUUGUUGAUUCGUUCCACAUAAUUGGCAUUAAAUUGCUAAGCUUGAUUGAAGCUAUAAAACUAACUGUACGGAACAGUUCCAACGCCAGUAGGUUGUUUCAGACGACGCCCUCAAAAUGUUUCCAUACAUCACUUUCCGUUCAAUAUCUUCGUUCGCUUUUCUGCUAGUCUCGGUAGUCAUACUCAUAUGGUUGCCGGUGUUUGAAGCUAACGAUAACGAAAUUCCACCAGAAUGUCUGAAUGAGACGAAACUGUCCAUCGAUUACAACGUGUUCGACUUCUUCCUAACGUACAACGAAACCGAAGCAUGGUUAUCGGCCCUGGCGACCGAGUUUCCGGAAAAGUGUAAACUUCAAUCCCUAGGCCAAUCGACCGAGGGCCGCGAAAUUACUGCCAUCUCCAUCUUUUACGAUAAACCGAAAACGAUCAUCAUGCUAGCCAACUUGCGGGCCCGCGAAUGGGUCGGAAUGACGUCCGCCAUCUACACCAUCCAUGAGCUGAUCCGCAACGUCGCCAAAUAUCCUUACGCGGAUGAAUAUCACUGGAUCAUAGUACCGAUAACGAACCCGGACGGGUACGAGUAUACCAAGCUGCACGAUCGCAAGUGGACAAAGACCCGCUCACCACAGGCCGGUGGAAACUUUGGUGUCCAGAUUGACGGAAAUUUUGAUAUCAAGUGGGACGGUGCGACCAAUGCCGUGUUCAUCCAGCCGUCAGGACAAUCGUACCGUGGACCUGCUCCAUUUUCCGAACCAGAAUCGAAGGCGGUUAAGGAGCUGUUGGAGAGCCACAAGAACGCUACGCUGGUGGUCGAUCUGCAAAGCAACGGACCGUACAUCUUCAUGCCGUGGGCGUAUACGCAUGAACCGGCGCCGAACAUGGCACUGGCCCGUAAUGUCGUGAAUGCCGGACGGACGGCAAUCUAUCAAGAAUCGCAACAGGAGUUUGAGGUUGGGAUCGUGUCCGACUACUUACCGUUUCAGUACGGCACCUGUCUCGACUAUUGCUGCUCGAUUGGUAUUCGGGUGUGCAUUACGCUGAAGCAAACGCAGACCGGGCACGAGAUACGAACGGAUGAGAUCAUACCGCUAGGGCGGGAAGCGUUUUCCGCCAUUCAAGCGAUGGCUAUUGAGUCCGAUUGGCAGAUGUGGAAUUAGGAUGGUGUCCUGAGGGGUUUGCGGAAUAUUUUGAAACGGUUAAUAAAACAUUUGAUUUGAAGGUAAUGAA